AAACAGAAAACAACAAAACGAGUUAUUUACUUAGAUCGAAAACUGACUACUGCAAACAGGGAAGCUAAUCCACUGAAAAGCGGAAGUGCUGGUGUGCGAGUUGAUCUACAGACAGUAGAGGGAGAACGAGAUAAAGAGAAAUGGCGCCUUGGUACUCCACUCGUUAAGACAGUGCAACAUAUAGCGAAGGACAAAUAAAAACAUGGUGAAUACCCGGAGGAGCUCCCUGCCACUGUCGCACAGUACCAACCAUUACAUCUCAUCCAGAACCAGAUCAUCUGCCAGGAACACAACCAGUUCGGAGGAACACAAUCACAAAGACCCAGAUAGCGAUGCUAGUUCCAGUGGUGCCCACUUAUCGCCUCCGUCUAAACGCACCCGCAGGCACACUGACACGGUAUCCAGUGACAAUUCACCCAACCUCCGAUCCAAAGUGCAGCGGGAGGAGUGGAGUAUCCACACGCGACAAUCCAGGUUAUCUAGUGGUGCAGGAGCUUCAUUACAAAAUGGACACGGAAGCCUAUCUCGUACGGGUCAUCCACGGAGGGGUGAGGGCAGCGGGGAUGCUGACCACUCGCACAUCAACGGUGUUCUGGAGGUCGGGAGAAGCCGUCCGUCCAAGAGGAAUAGAUUUGACACCUUGAAUCAGAGCAUGCUGUUUGACCGGCUUGUGAACAGUACUGCAGAGGCUGUGCUUCAAGAAAUGGACAACAUCAGCAGCAUCCGACAGAACAGAGAGGUGGAACGGCUUCGCAUGUGGACCGACACAGAGCUUGAGAACAUGGACAUGUAUUCAAGGGUUAAACGGAGGAGGAAGUCGCUGAGGAGGAACACCUCUGGAAUCCAGCCUCAUCACAAAGUAAUGAGUGAAGCUGAGGGAGACGAGGGAGGCACGGAAGAGUCUCAUGAUGAGGAGGAAGACGAUGAUGACGAAGGCGACGAAGUGGAAGAGGCUGAAGAGGAGAACGAUCGGCCCUACAAUCUGAGACAGCGCAAGACCGUGCAGAGAUACCAAGCACCACCCAUAGAGCCGGCCAGUCGGAAACAGAGACAGAACACAUUGUUCGAUACACACAGAUCUCCUGCAAGAAGAAGCCAUAUACGGGUAAAGAAGCAUGCUAUUCACAGCAGUGACACAACGUCCUCAUCGGAUGAAGAGCGCUUUGAGAUAAGGAAAUCCAAAAGCAUGACAAGAGCACGCAACAGGUGCCUCCCUAUGAACUUGAGACCAGAACACUUGGCGAGUGGGGUCCUGCGAGAUCGGGUGAAAGUAGGGGCCAGUUUAGCCGAUGUAGAUCCUAUGAGUGUGGACUCCUCAGUUCGGUUUGACAGUAUCGGAGGCUUGGCCCAUCAUAUUCAAGCACUGAAGGAGAUGGUGGUUUUUCCUCUGCUGUAUCCUGAAGUAUUUGAGAGGUUUAAGAUUCAGCCUCCAAGAGGGUGUCUGUUCUACGGCCCUCCUGGCACAGGGAAGACGUUGGUUGCUCGAGCCCUCGCCAACGAGUGCAGUCAGGGGGACCGGAAGGUGGCAUUCUUUAUGAGAAAAGGAGCCGACUGUCUAAGCAAAUGGGUGGGCGAGUCGGAACGGCAGCUCAGGCUUCUGUUUGAUCAGGCUUAUUUGAUGCGGCCAUCUAUUAUCUUUUUUGAUGAAAUUGAUGGGUUGGCACCUGUUCGGUCCAGCAGACAAGAUCAAAUUCACAGCUCCAUUGUUUCAACGCUGCUAGCUCUGAUGGAUGGCCUGGAUAACAGAGGGGAAAUAGUUAUCAUUGGUGCUACAAACAGACUUGAUUCUAUUGACCCUGCACUCAGGAGACCCGGGCGCUUCGACAGGGAGUUUCUUUUCAACUUGCCUGACAAAAAGGCCCGAAAGCACAUUUUAAAAAUUCACACCAGGGACUGGAACCCUAAAUUAGCCGACGCCUUCGUAGAGGAGCUGGCUGAAAAAUGUGUUGGCUACUGUGGAGCUGACAUCAAAGCACUUUGCACUGAGGCUGCCUUGGUCGCCCUUCGCCGACGCUACCCCCAAAUUUACGCCAGUAGUCAGAAGUUGCAGCUUGACGUCUCCUCUAUCGUUCUCGGUCCGCAGGAUUUUUACUAUGCCAUGAGGAGCAUUGUACCCGCGUCGCAGCGGGCUCUGGCGCCCCUGGGGAAAGCACUCUCCUCUGUCAUCAGGCCUCUGCUGGACAGCACCUUCAAUGGAAUCCUGGCCACUUUACACAGGGUGUUCCCCCACGCAGAGCUCUCACAGGGCGACAAGAAAGAAGAUAUUGUCAGCGAGCUCUUGGAAGAGGACAUUUACAGCGAUGAUGACAACGAUGGUGCUCCAUCUAUUUUUGAUGCUCAUUCGCACUUAGGAUCUCCAAAGAAACAGCCAUCAGCAGCUACACAUAAACCCUUCCUUCAUUUCACAAUGUCAGCCUAUCGCCAGCCAACUUCCUACCGACCUCGUCUGCUUGUAGCUGGAGACAGGGGCUCUGGUCAGACCACGCACCUCGCUCCAGCCAUCCUUCACAGCCUGGAGAAGUUCUCUGUGCAUAGACUAGAUCUGCCCACACUGUACUCUGUCAGUGCCAAAACCCCUGAGGAGUCCUGCGCACAGGUGUUCCGCGAGGCACGGAGGACUGUCCCAAGCGUGGUCUACAUGCCCCAGAUUAGCGAGUGGUGGGAGGCCAUCAGUGACACGGUGAGAACGACGUUCCUGACCCUGCUUCAGGACAUCCCUUCCUUCUCUCCGGUCCUGAUCCUGGCUACCUCAGAAAUCGCUUACUGGGAGCUGUCGGACGAGGUGAAAUGCAUCUUCAGGAGCAAAUAUGGUGAAGUAGUGAGUCUGAAAAGACCAAGUGAGGAUGACAGAAGAAGGUUUUUUGAAGACCUGAUUGUUGUACAAGCAGCCAGACCUCCAGCACGAAGGAAAAAAGCAGCCCUUCUUUCCUUGGAGGUGCUUGCUCCCGCUGUGCCUCCGCCACCCCGCCAGCUCUCCGAAGAGGAACAGAAGAGGCUGGAGGACCAGGAGGAGACCACACUGAGGGAACUGCGGCUCUUUCUCAGGGACGUGACCAAACGGCUGGCCAACGACAAGCGCUUUAACAUCUUUGCCAAACCUGUGGACAUUGAGGAGGUUUCGGAUUACCUUGAAGUUAUUAAACAACCCAUGGAUUUGUCAAAAAUCAUGACCAAAAUUGAUACACACAAAUACUUCACUGGGACGGAGUUUCUAGCAGAUAUUGACCUCAUCUCCAGCAAUGCUCUAGAGUACAAUCCGGACAAAGACCCAAGAGAUAAAAUAAUCCGGCAUAGAGCUUGUACCCUGAAGGACACUGCGCAUGCAAUGUUUGCAGCUGAGCUGGAUCCAGAGUUUAAUCGAAUGUGUGACGAGAUCAAAGAAUCGAGGAACAAGAGGGGUUUCCUGAUGACAGCAGAACAAACUGUCCCUUUUGGUUCUGCAUCCAGAAGAAUUGGAACUGGAGGUGAAGAGGCAGCUCAGGGCACACAAGGAAAUGGGACUGAAGGUUCAUCAAAUAAGUGCAGCACUCACAUCAAGCGAAAGGCAAGGCGGCGGCCUCAGUGGGGCCGGGGCAUCAUCCGGAGGAGGAAGCAUUACCUAAAGAAGGAGGAGGAGGAGGAUGAUGACGAGGAGGAGAUGGGGGGAGAGGACAGCGAGCUGGCCGAGUUUGGGGAAUUGGAUGCCAGCACUGACUGCCUGGAUGACACUGUGGGAGAGGAGCCUCCUGACCACUCGCUCACCCGUGACGAGUCCUCCUGUGAUGCCAUGAGGACGGAGCAGGAGCUUCCUCCUGAAAACGGAACUGCCCUGCAGCAGAAUGGCCACCUGCCUUCCAUGGAGGAGGAGGAGGAGGAGGAGGAGGAAAGCUCCAUUGAGCCAGUGUUGCCAAGCACCAAGGCAGAAAGCCCAGCUAAGGAAACAAAACUGAGCGAGGCGCCGCUUGUUUCCAGCCCUGCCCCUCCAAAGGAGCAGGACUGCAUAAACGGCGAUGACUCCCUGGAUAGUUUGGACAGUGAAGCCAGUCGUAAGAGUGCUGAAGACAAGGAGGCCCUGACCCAGGGAGACACGACUCAGGCAUGCAAACCCACAGGGGAUAGCUUGACUACCCAGGAGGAUCGUUAUGCCUCUGAAAGCCCAGACCAGAGGAAAGAGGGGAUGUUUGCCCCAACUCCAGAGGAGAACACAGCAUCACCUCACACCGCUGAGUCUGAAACGAAAGAGGUGGAACAUGAGAAGGAAGGUGUAUCCAAGACGAAGUGCCGGAAAACUCUUUCAGACCAACUGAAGACAAUACACGUGGAAAAAAGCCCAGAAAAAACAACGGAACCCAGUCCUCCAGUCAUUGUGAACCAUGAACGAUUAGCGAGUCUCUUACAGCUGGUUACCAAGAAGAGUGAAAACUACACUGUUGAUCAAUUAGAGAGACUGUUCUCACUGUUGAGCCAGUGCAUAUUUCAGCACCGCAGGGACUACGACAAGACACAUCUUAUAGAGGAUAUGGAAAGAACAGUUGAUGCUUUUGAAACAUUCCUGUGAUUUGAUUUUAAAGAAAACAAGUUGAUCCUGACAAACUCUACUGACGGAGAUCAGUCUUCUGAGCCAUUUCUUUCCUUCAACAUGGAGCUUGUUUGGGAAAAAAAUAAGCAGAAAAGCUCCCUCUCACUUUGUAUUGGUGACUUUGGUGCUAUUGUCUCAGGAACCUGGAACCAAACACAGACCUGUAUCAAAGGUUAUCUCUUGUCAGCAGACACAGACAGAGGCCGAUGCUGUUUGCAGAUUCUGGUGCUAUCUGCUCCUGGUUUCAAUAAUUAUAAACAAGCAAGUACAGUCAAUAAAAAAAAAAAAAAAAAAAAAAAACACAUUGUCUUGGCUACCACUGGAAUACAGGGAGCUAAUGGGGAGAUCAGUUAAAUUGGCCCUUAUGCUGCUUAAGCAAACUGUAGAACCUUUUCUAGCCACUGGCAGAAGUGAUCAAAACUUUUUUUUUUUUUUUUAAAUGCAAUUGCUGUGCCGUUAUACUGUGUCUACUUUCCAAACCUAAUUUGUAUGUUUUAGAAGUGCUCUGCAUCACUCGCAUGUUGGUACAGCUAACCUAUAUAACCAUACUUGCCAAAAGAAAAAUGAUUGUGUCUUUUUAAUUGAAGGAGAUCCCCUUUGGGCUAAGAUCAAACAAACAUGAGUUGUGCUGUAUUCCUUUGCCUAGGUUAUAUUUGGAUUGUAUUGAGAAAUUUCGAAAUUUACUUUAUUGAGGUUACCAAGUAGCAAAUGAUGAUACACAUGUGUAGACUAAUUAAAGAUGAGUGUUUUAGUGAUGUUUGGCAAUUGGUGUUCAAGACUUAUCCAGUUUUAAAUGCUGUGAGGACAGUGCAGACUUAAAAAAAAAAAAAUUGAGCCUGGAUUUUUUUUUGGGGGGGGGGCCAGUCCCAGCUGGAAAAGGUGGCACAGUUUGCUUUCACCAUCAUGAGAUAUAACUGAAGCUUUCCUUGGGUUUAUAAUGUAAUUUAGUAUGUCCACUGUGUGCAAACUGAACCCUGUUUGAGGAGUAUGUUCUUUUGUGUUACAACAAAUAGCUGGAAUAACUGGAUGCAGUUAACAGAUAGAAAGACUCUCUUGUGGUUUGCACUGCCUAGCAUGUGCCUUAUUACUGUAACCAUAAUAAUAAAAAACACCUGAUUGUAAAGUUCCGCUGCUGGUAAGUAUGUAUGCUAGAAUAUUCAGUAUAGUGUGUGUCUAGCCUCUUUUGGUUUUAAUAUUUCAAAGCCUUGUUUGGCCCAUGACUAGUGGCCUUUUUUUUUUUUUUUUUUUUUU